AUGAUUUUAUGGACAACGACAUUGCAUCCCGGGAAUGCAGCACCUAAGGAAGAUUGGAUCACUUCUUUGCCUGGAUUAUCUCAUCAAUCAUCCUUUAAGCAGUAUUCUGGAUAUUUAGAUGGUGGUAAUGGCAAUAGAUUGCAUUACUGGUUUGUUGAAUCUAAAGGAAAACCUUUACGUGAUCCACUUGUAUUGUGGCUAAAUGGAGGGCCUGGUUGUAGCUCUAUUAUUGGUUUACUACUGGAAAAUGGACCUUUUAUGCCCAGCUACGACGGUAAACAUUUAACCUUGCGUAAUACAUCUUGGAAUGAUUUCGCCAAUGUCAUUUUUCUAGAAUCACCUGCUGGUGUUGGCUAUUCAUAUAAUGACAAGAGAAAUUAUACAUGGGAUGAUGACCAAGUUGCCGACAGUAAUUAUGCUGCAUUAAAAUCUUUCUUUAAUAAAUUUCCUGAAUAUUCUAGAAAUGAAUUUUACAUCACCGGCGAAAGUUAUGGAGGAAUUUAUAUUCCUACGUUAGUUCUACGUACUAUGAAUGAUUCUAAAAUCAAUUUGAAAGCAUUUGCUGUAGGGAAUGGUCUAAUGGAUACACGUUUAAAUGAUAAUUCCAUGAUUUAUUUUGCUUAUUAUCAUGGUAUCUUUGGCCAACAUCUAUGGUCGCAAUUACAGAAAUAUUGCUGUUCCCGUGGCUCUUGUAACUUUCAUAAUCCAAGUGAUAUUCAUUGUAAGAAAGCAUUAGCUGUAGCUCAACAGGUUAUGAAUGAUGAUUUAGAUAAUUACAACAUCUAUUUUGAUUGUUUUCACUGUUCAUCAUCGAUGGGCUCGCAGGCAAAGGUAUUGCUCAAACGACUGCAUCCAGAACUCUAUCCUUCCCGAUUAGAUGAACCCUAUAUGAGUAAUAAUCAAGUUACUCCUGAUGUUAUUUAUAUGAAUAGGAAAGAUGUCAGAAAAGCAUUACAUAUACCCGAUCAUUUACCAGCAUGGAACGAUUGUAGUAAUGCUGUUAGUGCUAAUUAUACUACAACAUACAAUUCUUCAAUCAAGUUAAUCCCCAAAUUGUUAAAAAAAUAUCGUGUUUUAAUUUAUAAUGGUGACGUGGAUAUGGUAUGCAAUUUCUUAGGUGAUCAAUGGGCUGUCCACUCUCUCAAUCUUAAAGUUGUGAAACCUCGUCAGCCUUGGUUUUACAACGAUAGCAAUGGUAAACAGGUUGGAGGGUAUGUUAUUCGCGCUAACAAGCUUGACUUUCUCACAGUGCGAGGAUCAGGUCAUCAAGUACCGACUUUUAGACCACAGCAAGCUUACCAAAUGAUCUAUAAUUUCAUCCAUAAUAGGCCAUAUAGCACUAAGGUAGUGCCCUAA